AUGGGCGUAGAAGAGAUCAUUUGGAACGAUGCGACUUUGGUCCCCUCCGGAGGCGGCGGAGAUCUAUUCCACGAUUGCUCCGACGAGAGCUACGAAGAGGUUCCUGAGAAGAUAGCCGCCGAAUCCCAAGAAGGCUUUGCCUGGCUUGUUCGUGGCUGCAAGAGUAUUAUAAAAGCCGCUAAAGAUCGUAUGGGGGACACAUUCUCACGACCUGAAGAUGUGUCGAAACAACACCAGUUGAGUAAUGCAAUACCAUACCAAGACUCAUUUGAGUACUACAAUCUCCUGGAACGUCAACAGAGAGAUAUAAUAGUGUCAAAGAUAGAUGAUAAUAUCUUUCGUUACACUCUUCGACAAUUCCCGAACUUGAAGAGACUGGUCGUUACCCCGGCUGCUUACGGAUAUCUCUUUGAGCCUCUGUACAGAACACCCAUGAUCAGAUCUUUUCCAUAUGAAUUCAUCUAUUUUGUACCCCGAGGAUGGCCCACACCCUCGUCUAGAAGCGAAUGGGCAUUCGCCAUGCCUUGGGUUGACGACGACGGCGUAGAGGAAGACGGGAGCUUAUACCAUGGGUUUCGACUCGUCACAAAGGUCCUGGCUGAAGAGAAGCACACCGUCACAGAAUUGAUGCUUGAAGCUCAUCAGCUGAAUACUGGCAUCAAUCACUUCACCCUGAACCGAGGAACGGAAGAAUGCGACAGUUUCUGCGAAACAGUAAGACGUCCCGGUUUCCAGAAACUUCAAUUAUCACUUCUCGUUGGUUUCUAUCUUGGAGAAGAUUAUGAUAUAUAUGACAAAGGUUCCUUAUACGACGCCCUUUAUGGAGCGACCGAUAUGAGGCAUUUUAGCUUUCAUACUGACUUCGCUACGGACCGACGUUCUUGGACAAUCGACAUGUAUGAAUACACGUCGUUAUUCAAUUUCUUUCCCAUCAACCGAUAG